AUGGCGUGUAGGGGAUUCUGGGAGUGUCUUUUGAAGCUUUUCAACUUCGUUCUGAGCCUGACUGGUUUGGCUAUGGUGGCUUAUGGGAUCUAUUUGGUGGUUCAAUUCAGUAAAGCUUCUGAUGAUGAUACGCCUGCGAUUUCUCCUGUAAGUGAUGAUAGUGCUCUGAUUCAACUUGGACGCCCGAUGCUUAUGGCUGUGUCUCUAUCCAAUAAUAUUUUUGACAAGUUACCUAAGGCUUGGUUUAUUUACUUAUUUAUUGGUGUCGGAGUUGUUCUCUUUGUUGUAUCUUGUUUUGGUUGUAUUGGAGCUAUGACAGGGAACGGGUGCUGCCUGAUUUGUUAUUCAAUUUUGGUGGCACUGUUGAUCUUGGUAGAACUGGGAUGUGCAGCCUUUCUAUUUUUUGACAAAAGCUGGAAAGAAGUAAUCCCAACAGAUAAGAGUGGAGAUUUUGAUAUGAUAUAUGGCUUUCUGAGAGAGAAUUGGAGUAUUGUGAGAUGGGUUGCUCUUGGGAUUGUCAUCUUUGAGGCUCUUCUUUUCUUGUUAGCCCUUAUUGUUAGGGCUGUAAAUAAGCCAGCAGAUUAUGAUAGUGAUGAUGAGCUCAUUAAUCCAAGGCAGCAAGCCCGGCAGCCAUUGCUAAAUAGACAAGCAGGUCCAGCAGCAGGGGUACCAGUUACUGGGGCAAUUGACCAGCGCCCUAACAGAAAUGAUGCUUGGAGUUCACGCAUGAGAGAGAAGUAUGGGCUUGAUACUUCAGAGUUUACGUACAACCCAUCCGAGUCGCAAAGGUUCCAGCAAGUAAACUCACAGCCAACUGAAGAAAAGAGCCGCUGCGCCAUCAUGUAA